CUGCGCCGCCCAAGUUCACAGAGCUGCGGCGGUGCGCACGGAGCGGAUGGUCGCUCCCCGCUGUUGUUUUUGGCCGAGGGUCGUCGGACGGACGAGCGAUCCACUUCGUUUCACUCGAAACCCGGACGGACUUAAACAUCUGAAACUUUUCUUCAAAUUUACUUUUCAUCAUUUGCCGGUUUUGUUUCCUGUCGCUCCGGAUUUUUUUUUUUUUCCGGCUUGUUCGAUGGCGCGUUCCAACCAACAUGGACCCGGAUAGUCUGCUGGCCGCAGACUAGAUAUCAGACCACCCCUUUAAUUCUAAAUGUAGACUUUAUUCUAAUAACCCGCUGCAGACGCUUUAUUUACCAAGUGGAUGUAACCAGACUGGCCCCCCCCCCCUCUCCGCCCCCCCCAGAGGUCACACACUAUAAUGAACAUUUCCCCGCUGGUGUUGCGGUGAACUUUUCCCACGACUCGCCAUGUCGGGAGUGGUCCGCACGCUGAGCCGCUGCCUGCUCCCGUCCGACGCCAGCCGGGACCCGGGCAGCAGCAAGGAGGGCGGCCGGGAGAGCAAGGCGGCGAAGGAGCGGGAGGCGCGGCGCAGGAGCCGGGAGAUAGACGCGAUGCUCGCCCGGGAGAGGAGAGCCGUGCGCCGGCUGGUGAAGAUCCUGCUGCUCGGGGCCGGAGAGAGCGGAAAGUCCACAUUCCUCAAGCAGAUGCGCAUCAUUAACGGGCAGGAGUUUGAUAAAAAGGCGCUUCUGGAUUUCCGGGACACUAUCUAUGAGAAUAUACUGAAGGGCAUGCGCGUGCUGGUGGACGCCCGGGACAAGCUGGGCAUCGGCUGGCAGAGCUGCGGGAACGAGAAGCAGGGCAUGCUGAUGAUGUCGUGAGAGGGACGCGCCGGCGGCUCGGGGGUCGAGCCCAGCGAGUUCCAGCUGUACGUGAUAGCGCUGAGCGCGCUGUGGGCCGACGCCGGCGUGCAGGAGGCCUACGCUCGGCGCUCCGAGUUCCAGCUGAGCGAGUCGGUCAAAUACUUCCUGGAUAACUUGGAUCGCAUUGGUCAACUCAACUUCAUCCCGAGCAAGCAGGACAUUUUGUUUGCGAGGAAGGCGACGAAAGCUAUCGUGGAGCACGACUUCGUCAUAAAGAAGAUCCCUUUCAAGAUGGUGGACGUGGGAGGGCAGCGGUCCCAGAGGAAGACCUGGUUCCAGUGUUUCGACGGGAUCACGUCGAUCCUCUUCAUGGUUUCCUCGUCGGAGUACGAUCAGGUCCUGAUGGAGGAUCGGAGGACGAACCGCUUGGUGGAGAGCAUGAAUAUCUUCGAGACCAUCGUCAACAACAAGCUCUUCCUCAACGUGUCCAUCAUCCUCUUCCUCAACAAAACCGACCUGCUGGUGGAAAAGAUCCGCACGGUGGACAUCCGCAAGAACUUCCCCGAGUUCAGAGGCGAGCCACGCAGGCUGGAGGACGUACAGGCGUUCCUGGUGCAGUCGUUCAGCCGUAAGAGGAGAAACCGGGGGAAGCCGCUCUUCCACCACUUCACCACGGCGGUGGACACUGAAAACAUACGCUUCGUCUUUCACGCCGUCAAGGACACCAUCCUGCAGGAGAACCUCAAAGACAUCAUGCUGCAGUGACCCGCGGAGGGCCGCUAGACGACGGCUUCUCCGACUGUGAACUGUGAAACCAGCCAUUAGCCCGGGCCCGCAGGACGCCGCGGCCCUCUGGCGCACAUUAACACUGACCUGUGGAGGAGGGCCGGCGCAUUUAACUGAAACCUGAACCCGCGGAGCCCCGGAGCGACCCCUGACCUGUGGAAACUAUGAGGGUCGUAGAGGACAAGGCCCUUGAAUAUAACCUGCAUUAAUGCGUGUGUGUUGGAAAGAUAGCCGCCUACUUGUAGCUGUGGUGUUCUCGCCUUCACACACAGGUCAGAAAAAGUUUUUAAAAAAAGAAGAAUAGAGAAAAAGCACCAACUACAUGAGCACUGAAAGUGUUUUUUUCUAAGAUGUAUAUAUGUGUGUGUGUGAGUGUAUAUGUGUAUAUAUAUAUAUAUAUAUAUGACUAUUGACAUCCCUGUCACUAAACACAAAAGUCACCGGGGGACACGUAGCAGGACCGAGCUGUGUGAGCGGGAGGCAGGAAGGAUUUAGGGAAGUCGAGAGCGAGCUGAAGAAGGCCUUGUCCUAAGAGUCCACGUGACGCGGGGGGGGGUGGGAGAGGGAGGAGGGUUUGGGCUCCGGUCAUAUGCCGUGUUGUGUGAUACGGUUGCACAAGUGUUCCUGUCAGUGAACUUUUUAACGGAGGAAAAAGACGAUCUUUACCUCCUGUGUUCAUAACUCCCGCCACCCUGCGCGAGAUGAACAGCUGCAGAUAAAAAAGUCCUGUCCCGCAACCCUCCUCUGCCGCACAAUGGACGGACUGUUCGGCUCCUCGCUCUGUGGCAGAAACGGGAGACGGUCAAAUUAGAGACUUGUCUUAGUUCGGAGAAACGCAGAGACACACAGCUCAGGGUCUUUCUUGAAUUACGGUCCUUCUCCAUCCCCGCGGCCUUUCCUUCCAUAUUCCGCCAGCGUCCCGGCAGAAGCGCCACAAUAGCCGAGAUUUAACCUGAACUGAAAGAGGUUCCCUUCACAGGAAGGCUUUGCUGUGCGGCGAGACUAAUAGCUUGUGGUUAAACUGUAAACGCGAAGGGAACGGCGGAGAAUGGCGCCGUUGAACUGCAAAGGGCCGAGUCGCCGUGUUGCCGGCGGCCAUUUUGGAUUUCUGCCGCAGUCGCGAGUCGGAACUCAAAUCGAGAAGGAUUAGCACGAAACAAACACGCCCGAUUGAUCAAAACACAUACGCUGAUUAUACACAAUCGGCUACGUUCCUGCACCGUUCCUGAGUCCGGUAUUUUCUUCACACCUUCGAGUUAACAUUUUUAGAAUGUUUGUUUAGGUCUGGUGCUGCGACAGCUGCACCAGACCUAAAAAUCAAUUGAUUUUAAUUUACCAAGCAAACGAGUCGGUGACGGCUUUUCAGAUGUGUUGUGUCAUUGGGAGUGGAAAUUGCCUUUACUAUUUUCUGACGUCAUAAUGCCGUUCAAGUGAAUAUUUUCACAUUAACAACAACAAAAUUACUGUUAAGAUGUCGUUGGCUCUGUAGCUCCCGUCAGCUUUAAAGAACGUUUAAGCGUCUUUCAGCUCGUUGGUUGUUGUUGUUUUUUACAACCGGCCACUCAGUUCACUCAAAGCCACAUAACACAGUUUCCUCUGUAGAUGGUUGAGACCAAACAGGAGCUGAAAGCGGAGUGAAACGUCGCUGUGGCUCUUCCCCCUUUGACUUCGAUUAGACACCCAGUGGCCACAUUACCAGGCACAAUGUCUUCAGCACCACGAGGAAUCCAUGCCAGUAAUUCGGCUGUUCUAGAUGUAAAAGUGGGUCCUACCGAGUAUUAGAGGAGUGUAUCUAACGGAGUGGCCACUGUGCGUUUUGAUGUUGUGUGUCCACAGCUUUUGGUCCAAAAAUAAAAACCAAAAUUAAUAACUAAUAAAAAUAAUCACUAGCUGCAGCCACCAUGAAGAAAACUGAUGUUGCUAUGGUUACCUGGGAGUUUGUUUAAACGCCGUCUCUGUGAUUUUAAAGGGUAACUGUUGGUUCAGCAGAAAAAUGCAUCGUGAAACAUCAUUUAAAACCCUUCCAAUCAGUUUGCGUGUUGAUAAUUUAUGAGCAGAACAUUUUUGAUUCCCAACAUUUGCAUGAUUUGGUACGCAGCAGAAGGACACGGCGGGGCUGCGCCUCCCACCCUGAGUAUUCAGUCCACGCGGCCUCGAGGGGAAUGAGGCGGCUCAUUAGCACUUCCACCGCACGGCUUGUUAUUAUAAUACUGUAUUAACUCAAUUGUAUGUAUUUGUGUGUGUUUGCAUAGUGACUUAAGGCCCUUUUCUGUGCAUGUUCAUACAUCUUGCACAUAGAAUACUGCAAGUAUUUGACUGUGCGUAGAAGUGGUAACCGGACAGCACACACACCACUCUGUCUAACAGUCUCACUGUAACUGUAACGUCGCUGUAACAUUUGUCCUUGACUAACCUACCUUUACCACUCACGCAAGUUGUGCUUUUUUUUUUGUUGUUGUUGUAAGUGUCGUCAUUGCACUGGAUGCGCGAUCCGAGAGAAAACAACCAGAAAGGAAACGUCUGGGGGAAAUGAAACAAACAAAAUUAGCGGCAGAAUGAGAAGAGGGAGGUCUUCUGCCUUUUUCUUUUGUUUUUUGUUUUUUUUUAUGCUUCCCGGUGCCUUGGCUUUGUGCUCUGUGGUGAAAUACACUGCCGUUUGCUGA